CGAAUAUCAUUGCGCUGGAAAGCUUGAAAAUGGAUGUGUCCACAGUCUUUACAGGUCCUUUGCUCCUCGUGCAGCUCUGCAUCUCGACAAUCCUCUCCUUUUUUGCCAGUGUGUUGGAGGGAGUUUUCCCCUGGACAGUGGGAACCUGCACAGGACCGAGCGUCGACCCGGAUGUCAACAAAGCUAAUCCAGAUGCCGUGACUCCAACCAGCGUCAACUACCAUUUUACACGCAAGUGUAACUACAAGUGUGGUUUUUGCUUCCAUACGGCAAAAACAUCCUUUGUGCUUCCUCUGGAGGAAGCCAAGAGAGGACUCAAACUCCUGAAGGAUUCUGGUAUGGAAAAGAUCAACUUUUCUGGAGGAGAACCAUUCCUGCAUGAAAAGGGGGACUUUCUUGGAAAGUUAGUCCAAUACUGCAAAGAAGACUUGGAACUUCCAAGUGUCAGCAUCGUCAGCAAUGGAAGCAUGAUCAAAGAACAGUGGUUCCAAAAAUACGGCGAUCAUCUUGACAUCCUGGCCAUAUCUUGCGACAGUUUUGAUGAAGACACUAACCAGCUGAUUGGCCGCACUCAAGGCAGGAAAAGCCAUCUGAACAAUCUCUACAAGAUCCAGAAGUGGUGUCAGCAAUACAAAGUGGCCUUCAAAAUCAAUUCAGUCAUCAACACUUUCAAUGUGGACGAGGACAUGACUGAACACAUCCUCCAUUUCAACCCAGUCCGAUGGAAGGUGUUCCAGUGUCUGCUGAUUGAUGGGGAGAAUGCAGGAGAGGAAGCCCUGAGAGAAGCCGAGAGGUUCAUCAUCAGCGACCAGCAGUUUCAGGAGUUUUUGGACAGACACAGCAGCAUCUCAUGCCUGGUUCCAGAGUCCAAUGAGAAGAUGAGGAAUUCUUACUUGAUCUUGGAUGAAUAUAUGCGUUUCUUGGACUGCCGGGAGGGACGAAAGGACCCAUCCAAGUCCAUCCUCGACGUUGGCGUGAUCGCGGCCAUUAAUUUUAGUGGAUUUGAUGAGAAAAUGUUUCUAAAACGUGGAGGGAAGUAUGUGUGGAGUAAAGCUGAUAUGAAACUGCAGUGGUGAAGUUUUACCACUCAACAAUUGUAUAUACUGAGUGCAAGCAUUUUCAUUUUUUUCUUGUGCUUUCUAAAGAAUUUUAUGUUUAUCACCAUCUUGCUCUGCAAAGAACUCGGGCUUAAUUUAUUAAAAAUUGUUGUGGAUAGAUUAA